AUGCAUCGUUGUUGUACUGAAGCAUUAGAAGCUGGCCGGAAGCUUUAUCAACAAGCAUUGAGAAAGUUUAGAAAAAAUGAUGCGGAAAAUUUCGAUUCAGAUGAACGUACCGCACUCAGUCAGUCAGCUGAACGUAUUCCGGAAUCUGUUGAUGAUGAAUCAUCGUCUGCUGUACGGCUUUCUCGUCGAUCUUCCCUCCUUGUCGAUUUAAUUUCACUUUUUCAACGAUCUUCUUCAAACACUGUUAAACCAAUUCGUCUUCCUGGACAGUUCACUGGAACACAGGAUGAAAAUGAGGAAGAGGAAGAAGAAGAUCCGAAACAGAUGUCAAAAGGAUGGGUACUGGAAACGAUACGUCAAAAAAAGGAAGCAAUUAUCCGUUUACGAAGUCAACCGUGGAGUAUGAAGCGGAAAAGACGUGCCCUAAAAGUAGCAAGACGAUAUCUAAAACGUCAACAAUCAAAAGUAUCACGAUGGCAUCUGUAUAAAGUAGAAGCAACCAGGCAAUGGACAGCAUUUGGCCGUUGGUGUAGUAAUAUGAAAAUUUAUUUAAUACCAUGGGAAGCAAAAAUUAAAACAAUCGAGAGUCAUUAUGGUUCUGUAGUUUCAUCUUAUUUUACAUUCUUACGAUGGAUUCUUAGUGUAAACAUUACUAUGACAAUAAUAAUGAUGUUGUUUGUUACCAUUCCAGAGUGGUUAGCAGAUUCUCGAGGUGGCCCAGAACGAUUUAAUCGAACGUAUCAUAUUAAAGUUAUGAAAGAGAAAGAUAUACCACGAGCUGAUGAGUUGAAUACUGUUCUUGAUUUUAAAGGCUAUUUCGAGUAUUCAUUGUUAUUUUAUGGCUACUAUAGCAGUGAAACAUAUUUCGGUGAUACGGUGCAAUACAGUGUACCUGUUGCAUAUUUUAUUGUAAAUUUAUUUAUUCUCGGUUACAGUUUCUUUAUUAUUUUACAAAAGAUGGCAUCAAAUGCUCGACAAAGUAAGCUUUCCGGUGGUAAAGCGGAGCAAUAUGUAUUUAACUGGAAAUUAUUUGCCGGUUGGGAUUACUCAAUCGGAAAUGCGGAAACUGCUUCGAACUUUGUAAUGGCUAAUGUUAACAAAUUUCGAGAAAUAAUUGCUGAAUACAAUGUAAACCGUACAAAAAAAUUCGAGUAA